CACAAAAGAAACCCUAGUAAUUUUGUUACAAAAAGAGCAAUAAAUAUAAUUGUAAUGGGCGUUAACAAUGAUCUUCUAUACAUGGAAACCCAUUUGAUCGAUUUCUCUCUUCUCUCAUCUCCUUCUCUGGGUGUGGCGUCCGACGAGCUGAAGAAACUUGAUGCUGCUCUCACCUCAUGGGGUUGUUUCCAGCUUGUAAAUCAUGGGAUGUCUGAGGAAUAUUUAGAGAAAGUUCGAAACGUUGGUAAGGAAUUUUUUGGAUUGAGUGAAGAAGAGAGAGAGAAAUAUUCAAGGACAGCAACAAAUGUAGAGGGUUAUGGCAUUGACUCAAUUACUUCAACCAAUGUGCCUCUCAAAUGGCAGUCUCGUCUAAAGCUCACAACAUACCCUUUAGAGGAACGUAAACUUGAUCGUUGGCCUCAAACGCCCCAUUCUUUCAGGGAGGUUUUGCAUGAAUACAGUAUGAAUGUGAAAACACUCCAUGACAGACUAAUCGAAGAUAUGGCACGAUGUUUGAAUUUGAAAGAGAAUAGUUUUGUGGAAGAAUAUGGAGGAACAUUGCAUAUGUUAUCGAGAUUUCAAUCCUAUAUACCGUGUUCUUACAUUGACGAAAUCCGUACUUCUAGCAUACAUGCGGACUCGUGCGCCAUGACUUUUCUACUCCAAGAUGUUCAAAUUGAAGGCCUUGAAGUUGAGAAAGAUGACAAAUGGUUUAAAACUCCGGUCCUUCCUCAUGCUAUUUUUGUCAAUCUUGGUGACCAAAUGGAGAUAAUGAGUAACGGAAUCUUCAAAAGCGCGAUACACAGGGUGGUGCCACACCCAGAAAAGGGCAGGAUGUCUUUGCCAUUUUUCUGUGGACCUGCUCAGCAUAAGGAAAUUGGACCUCUGAAAGCUUUGAUAACGGAAGAUGAACCAGCCCGUUAUAAAAGGGUCAAGAAUUACGUUGACAUUUUCUUUUAUUAUCAUCCCCUGGGCAUUAGACCCAUAACUGCUGUUAAGAUCCAUGCAUGACUUAAGCUAAUUAUACUAUUAUAUACUUUGAUGUUACAAAUAAAUACUGUGUUUAAUAAACCUUCAUGUCAUGUGUAGCACAGUAUGUAGGGCUACCUAUCUCUUAAAUUACCAUUUUGUACCAAAUACUUUAUAUUUAGUGUAAGUUAAGUUUGCUUA